AUGGCCCACACGAAUCGUGUAAGCCAGCCUUUGUCCAUAAUAAAUGAGCCUCCCUCGAUUCUCCAUGGCCCGGGCCUCCUCCACGAGCUAAUCCCGCGCCUGCACCACGACGCGACCGCCAUCGAUUUCCUGGAACACGGAUCGAAAAGGCGCAGGUUUUCCUACAGCACACUGCACUCUCUGAGCGAUGCCUUGGCUGCUAGGAUGACAGAGAUACUCGCCAGGCUCGAAAGUGCUUCGCCCAUUAUCCCUGUCUUCUUACCCCAAUCCCCAGAACUCUAUGUGGUCCUUCUUGCCAUCCUGAAAGCAGGAAAGGCGUUUUGCCCGCUCAACCUCGACACGCCCCCGGAGCGACUGAGAUUCAUCCUCGACGACAUAUCCGCUAACCUCAUAAUCACAUUUGCAUCGUACCAUGACUACAUUCGAGCAGCUACCACGAUUGAAGUUGUAUUAGCCGACCACGAACUCCCUAGCUGCAACAGCCAUCUCUCCUGUAGCAUACCCCAGCCUAGCACUGACCAUCUUGCAUAUGUGCUGUAUACCUCAGGGUCCACCGGUCUGCCCAAGGCUGUGAGCGUGUCCCAUCGAGCCGUCACCCAGAGCUUGCUCGCCCACGACCGUCACAUUCCAGACUUUUCUCGCUUUCUUCAAUUUGCGGCACCUACAUUCGACGUUUCCAUCUUUGAGAUAUUCUUCCCAUGGUUUCGAGGCAAAACCUUGGUUGGCUGUACACGCGCACAGAUGCUCGACGACCUCCCACGCACAAUAGUCAACCUCGAAGUAGACGCAGCCGAACUCACACCAACCGUCGUGGGCAAUCUGCUCGCUGGCCGAUCUAGCGUGCCCACUUUGAAGUUACUGCUCACAAUUGGCGAAAUGCUCACGCAGCCUGUCAUCGACGAGUAUGGCGGCGAUACAACCAAAGAAAGCAUAUUAUGGGCCAUGUAUGGACCCACUGAAGCUGCAAUUCAUUGUACCAUUUGGCCAAAAUUUCCGACGUCUACUUCGACCAGCACGAUAGGCCAACCACUGGACACUGUCUCUGCUUUUAUUCUUGCACCUUCUACCGAAGCUCACUCCUCGUCCUCAGUUGAGAUUCUUCCAGUGGGGCAAGUCGGCGAGCUUGCGAUUGGCGGUCCCCAAGUCGCCCAAGAAUAUCUCAAUCGCCCAGACCUCACACGUGCAUCAUUUGUCGAGCAUCCCACUUAUGGCCGCCUCUAUAGAACUGGGGACAGGGCAAGAAUCAAUACUCAAGGGCUACUGGAGUGCUUAGGCCGUGUCGUGGCCGGUCAGGUAAAACUGAGAGGUCAGCGAAUCGAAUUGGGCGAAAUUGAGCAGGCGAUCAUGAGAAUGAAGGGCUGUCGCGCAGCCACCGCCAUGAUUAUACAGGAAAACCUAGUCGCCUUCUGUCGCGUCAAACAAGAGGCAUCGCGUGCAGAUGUAUUCGCAACUUGUAAGCGCUGGCUGCCUGCGUUCAUGGUUCCGUCGGACGUGUAUCUCCUCGAAUCGAUGCCCCAACUACCCUCGGGCAAGGUGGACAGGAAAUCGCUUGAGCAUAUAUACCUGCACUCCGGCUCGAACGGGACGUCGUCAGUGCCGGCAGAGGUUUUAGAUGACGCUGUGAGCCACUCAGUUUGGAGUAUCGUCAGUCAUCACACCACGCAGAGUCUUGGACUAGACACUAAUCUUGCUUCUGUUGGACUUGACUCUCUCAAGUCUAUUCGAAUUGCAUCCGCGUUACGAAGAGCGGGCUUCACGCUCGGUGCCAUCGAAGUCAUGUCCACAGAUACUCUUGCAGAUCUCAUUGAAGUUUGCAGGGAAAGCCAAAAGGCACAUGUUCCAUGUAGCAACAAUGGUUUCUCGGUAGAACAUCUCGGUUCUGCAAAGACCCCGCUUGAGCCCUGGCAUACUGACAUCGCCUGUAUAAUGCCUUGCACUCCACUGCAGGAAGCCAUGCUAGCAGAAACGAGGUCCAACCCCACUGCCUACUGCAACUGCAUUGAGGUUGAGCUUUCAGUCGGUUACACGUACGACCAGAUUCGAGAUGCUCUUCUACUCCUCGCACAAGAUACAGAGAUUUUGCGCACUGGCUUCUAUACUGAUGCUCAACAUGGGACAAUCUUCUCCCAAGUCGUCUGGAACGAGCUGUUAGAUUCUCAGAUCCGUGAGGUAGCCAACUUCUCUAGAGAGUACUCACUUCAACAUGACGAUGACUUCCUACGGCCUUUCAGCGUCCAAAUAGUACUUCAAUCCCAACGGCCUCGCCUCCUGUUUCACAUGCAUCAUGCCUUGUACGAUGGUUGGUCUUUUGAUCUGCUACUCCACGAUCUUGACAAGCGUCUUCGUGGAGAAGUCAGCUUGGCUAGGCCAUCAUUCCGGGAAGUUGUGAGUUACUACACAGAUUACCAACGCUCUGGCACCGACGUAGAACCAAAGAAAUUCUGGACUGCCCUUCUCGACGAUUAUAUACCGACUACCCUCCCAAACUACCACGGCAAGCUGGUUCAAAACCCUGCAGUAUGUCGAGCUUCUGGAAAAUCCAAUGUCAGUCGAGGCAAGCUUUUCAAGUGUGCUCGCGAACUCGGCAUCAAUCCACAGGUCUACUUCCAAGCAGCCACUGCGUACAUCCUUAGUCUGUAUAGUGGCGUGAACGAUGUUGUUCUGGGCAACGUCACUUCAGGACGUACUAUACCCGUAUCUGGAGUGGAAGAUAUCAUUGGCCCCUGCAUUGCUUCACUCCCAUUUCGCAUCAAUUUUGCAGAUGCUCGAUGUGUUCGAGAUAUCCUGCACAAGACUCAAUCAACGAACCGAGAUAUUCUACGUCACACUGGGCUUCCCCUGCGCGAGAUAGCAAGAGCAGUAGAUCUGAAACCUGGAACGCGGCUGUUCGAAGUCUUAUUUGUCUGGCAACAGUCCAUCGUCUCCGACGAUAACGCAUCACUUGCUGCAAAAAUCGUCGAUAGCGCAGACGAACUGGAGUUCCGGAUUACACUGGAAUUCGAACCAGUCCAAGACCACAUUGCGAUCCGCAGUACAUACGACGCAUCAACAGUAUCAGACGAUCAGAUCCAAUACUUGUUCCGACAGAUUGAUGAAGUGGCGCAGAUGUUUGUGGCGAACACCAACUACAACAUUGCCGAGAUCAAUCGAGGUUUUACAACCCCGUCCUUGUCUAUAGCCAAUCCUACGCCAAUGUUACAGCAUUUCCAGCAUGGCCCUUCUUAUGCUGUUGAGAAAUGGGCCUCGGUGGAUCCAAAUCGGACUGCUGUAAUAUUCGGCCAUGAUGUACAUGGGGUGAUGAAGGUCAGAGACAUGUUGACAUACAACGUGCUGAACUUGCGCGCUAACCAACUCGCUCGCGUCCUUGCUGAACACGGGGUGGGUAAUGACCAGCUGGUCUGUAUCAUCAUGGAGAAAUCGAUCGAUCUGUACAUUUCUAUUCUCGCAGUACUCAAGCUUGGCUGCGGCUAUUUGCCGCUAGUUCCUGACACCCCAGUCGAUAGGAUCAAGACGAUUUUGACAGAUGCUCAAGUCGCAGUAUGCGUCUCUGAAUCGGCUGUAUCAGCUACGCUAUGUUUGGAUCCUGUCGUCGACGUCAUCAACUUUGAUCUCAUCACACUCUCCGAUUAUCCUGAACAAAACUUGGGUGUAUCAUAUAACGGUCAGCAUCUUGCUUAUGCGAUAUUCACUUCUGGAAGCACGGGAACACCAAAAGGCGUUCUCGUCACGCAGGAUAAUCUCAUAAGUAAUCUACAGUAUCUUUCAACUGUAUAUCCGUUCUCCACAAACUCGCGUCUGCUACAAGCUUGCUCGCAAGCGUUUGAUGUCAGCGUCUUUGAGAUAUUCUUCUCUUGGUACGUCGGCAUAUCGUUGUGCUCAGCCACAAAGGAACACCUUUUUCACGACUUCGAGGCUGCCAUCAACCACCUAGAAGUAACACAUCUCAGUCUUACCCCAACAGUUGCCGCACUAGUGGAUCCGCAAAAUGUGCCAAAAGUCGAGUUCCUGGUAACUGCCGGAGAGGCUUUGACAGAACAUGUACGGAGAAAGUGGGCAGGUAGAGGAUUGUACCAAGGUUAUGGUCCUUCUGAGACCACAAACAUAUGCACCGUAAGACCUGCAGUCACUCCCAACGAUCUAAUCAACAACAUCGGCCCACCAUUCAGCAACACCUCAGCACUGGUGCUCGAUCCUGAGAGCCAAGCUAUCCUACCUCGAGGUGCUGUUGGUGAACUCUGCUUUGGUGGAUCUCAGGUAUUCCGCGGCUACCUUAAUCGGCCUGAACUCAACGCCCAGAAAAUUAUCACCCAUUCAAGUUACGGGAGGAUCUAUCGGUCUGGUGACAUGGGAAUUCUUCUUCCUGAUGACAGCAUUCUCUCAACAGGCCGCACAGACGACCAAGUCAAAAUUCGUGGUCAGCGAGUCGAACUGGGAGAAACGACAUCGGUCGUACUGGAUCAUGGAGUCGUCCGAGACUGUGUCACCCUAGCUCUAGACCAGAAGAACACCAAAAAGCUCGUCACUUUCUGGGUGCCUAGUGCAGGUUUGUCAAGUGACUUCAAAAGACUGGAACCCUCAGCCUUCACAACUACAAUUUCAGAACUAUUCGAUCUGUUAUCCCGGCGGCUGCCAACAUACAUGGUCCCUUCCUAUCUGGUGCCGAUUUCUCGUCUGCCAAUGACUCCACAGGCUAAGAUUGACAAACGGCUCCUGCAGAGAUUGUUCAACAGCCUCGAAGAAGACGCACUGAACCAUACGACAUAUCUCCAUGGUAUUGAUGAGACUUUUCAGGGCAAACUAUCAUCGCAAUGGGAUAAGAACGUUGCCCAAAUUCUGGUCGAGACACUGGGUGUUUCUGUGAAUGAACUCAGGCGAAGCUCUUCGUUCUUCAACCUAGGCUUAGACUCUGUCUCAGCUAUCCGCUUCUGUAGUGAGCUCCGAAGGGCAGGCCUGGGCGAAUAUUCAGUGUCAGAAGUUCUCAAACACCCCUCGAUUGCAGGUCUAUCAUCUCUAAAGCAGUCGAAAUCAUCGACAAUAUCUCUGGUCAAAGCAUCAUCGAUAGAACUUUCAAAUUUGUUCUCCAGGGAUCAAGUUCAUCGCAUUCGUUUGCAUGUUGAGCGGAAUGGAGUCCGAGUAGAGAAAAUACUCCCUUGCACGCCACUUCAAGAAGCAAUGAUAUCGAGCGGUCUCUCGUCGCUCGGGUUGGCAUAUUGCAACGUCAUGGUCUUCGAUGUCAGAGGCGACAGUCGACAGCUUCAAAAAUGCUGGGAAGCCAUGGUCCAGCGGCACGAAAUCCUCCGAACCUGUUUUAUCGCAACAGACGAUCCAUCUUAUUCAUUUGCGCAGGUAGUUCUAGAAGAGCAUGACGUCGUUUGGCACCAGCACAUUAUGGAGACCGGUCUUUCAUCGCGCAUCAGUGAGGUUGUUUCGGAUCUCAUGGCAGCCAGCAAGCCUCCAGUGUAUUUUGCACAGGCACAAGAAAGAGAUUCCACAAAGUUGCUGUUUUGCUGCCACCAUGCUCUUUAUGAUGGUAUUGCCAUCUCGACUCUGCUUGCCGAGGUCCAGGAACUGUACUACGGCCGCCAACUACCAUCACCCAUUUCGUACGAAGUCUACUUGCAGCGCAUGCUUGAGCAGGACCUUACAGAGGCGGAUAAUUACUGGUCUAAGCUUUUGGAGGGUUUCGAGCCUACGUCGUUUCCCACCCUUACUCCGAAAAGAGCACAUACAGAUCGAAGCUUUUCAUCUUCGUCUAGGCGUCUGGAUAUGCCACUCGAGACCAUUCGAAAAGCAAGCCGUGACAGUUCAGUGUCGCUUCUAUCGGUUGUACAAGCUGCGUGGACAAAGCUUCUGUACUUCUACACCAACGAAAGCGAUGUGUGUUUCGGCAAUGUUGUCAGCGGCCGCAGCUUUCCUGGAGACAAUCUUGACCGCCUGGUCGCGCCUUGUUUCAACACCUUACCAAACACGCUCAACGAGGGUGGCCGUCUCUUCGACUCGCUUUUGAUACUUCAGCAGCCCAGUGCGCCCUUGGAUGGCUCUAUCUGGAACCUGGAACAAGAUUCAGGUGACAUGGAUCUACCGAUAGUAUGCGAAAUUGUCCAAGACCAGAGUGACGAUAGUUUAAGGCUAUUACUACACUAUCAAGACUCUUUACUGUCCGAGUCAGAGGCUCGUAUCGUUACGGAAACGUUUGAAGCCUCCUUGUCAUCUCUUGUUAUGUCUCCCGAUUCACGAGCCGCUGACACGGGAAUGUUCGCAGCGAGUCUUCGGGCAAAUUUCAACAUGGACUUCAAGCGACUACACAGUGUAUCUAUCUUUCUGCAUUCCGGAUUCGAGCAUAUGGCAUUGCUCCACCCGGAUCGCGUAGCACUCGACUUUUGGCAUGGUCAUGGAAAAAAGACCACAUGGUCUUUCGGGCGACUCAACUCUGAGGCGAACAAAAUUGCACAUGCGCUCAUCAAAGCUGGCGCUGGGCCUGAAGAAGUCGUUCCGAUUCACAUUGUCAAGAGUCCAGUGUACUAUGCAAGUAUACUAGGAGUUCUCAAAGCUGGAGCUGCAUUUGCACCGGUUCAUCCCGAGCUCCCUGAAGCACGCAAGCAACUCAUGUUCGCAGAACUGAAACCAAAGCUCGUACUGUGUGACGACAGCUCAAUGGUUCCUCAAGAUCUUACCGGAGCUACCACUCUCAACGUUGCAGGUCUUGCAGACUUGGAGAGUUUUAAUCCCACUGUCGAAAAUCUGCAAGAUACCAACUUGGCGUAUUGUUUGUUCACGUCCGGUUCGACAGGCGUGCCCAAAGCAGUGGGCAUGGAACAUCGCACUCCUAUACAGACGAUUGAGAGUUCCAGAUCUCUUAUCCCUUGGAACCCAUCUUCUCGUCUCCUCCAAUACGCAGCGGUCACUUUCGAUAUGUGCUAUUACGACUGCUUCCUCGCUUGGAGCUUUGGUUUUACUCUUUGUUCUGCAGAGCAAAGCGAUUUACUCAAUGAUCUUCCAGACGUUAUCAACGCUCUUGAAACCGAUUUGCUCGACCUUACGCCCUCUGUUGCAGAAUCCCUGAAGAGAACCCAUAUACCAAAGGUGAAAUGGCUCUACUGCAUUGGGGAAGCUAUGACGCCUUCUGUCGUGAGGGAGUGGCAGGGAGCAUGUGUCAAUUCAUACGGUCCGACAGAAGCUGCAUUUUGCACCACCAUCAUUCCUGUUUCUCCCGACGUGAGCACGUCGAUUAUCGGAAAGCCCUUCCCGACAACUUCAUUUGCAGUCUUCUCUGAGCAGAGUGAAACGCCAUUGCCCGUUUUGAGUAUCGGAGAGCUAUAUAUCGGUGGCGCACAACUCGCCCGGGGUUACUGGGGUAGGACUGACCUCACACAAGAGCGUUUUGUAGAGCGUUAUAGUCAAAGAUUCUACAAGAGUGGCGACAUGGUACGCAUGCUGAGCAAUGGCGACUUCGAGUUUCUGGGGCGCAUGGACGAUCAGGUCAAAAUUCGGGGACUUCGAGUGGAGCUAGGCGAGAUCAACUCUGUUCUUCAAGAGUUGUAUCCAGAGAUAGCUUCUGUUACCACACAGAUUCUACGCAAAGAUGCAGCAGCAAAAGAGCAACUGGUUUCUUUUAUCAAGUUACGCCAACCGAUCAAAGAGAGCGAGGUUCCUAAGCUCCAAGGAAAGCUCAAAAGGCUAGCAAGCACACGCCUCCCUUCAUACAUGGUACCUCAGUUCUUUCUGGUUGUGGAUGAGAUACCCAAGUCCAUGGCUGGAAAGAUUGACAAGAAAGCUUUGGGCACCAUCUUCCGACAAGGUACCGAUGAUACUCCACUCACCAAUGGCGUCUCACAUACUGCGAAUCACCAGUGGUCCAAGGUGGAACUUGAAGUUCGAGAUGUCCUUGCACAUCUAUCAAGAACCCCAACGAGCGAUAUCUCGCCGACAACAUCAAUCUACCAACUGGGUCUCGACAGCAUCAGCGCUGUUCAGAUAGCAUCUGCCCUUCGUUCUCAAGGCUACACAGUCAAGGCAACCGACAUCUUGAAGCACACUACUUGUUGUGAUCUUGCCAAAUUCCUGGCUCAAACCCCUGCUUUAGAAACGCUUUCAAGUGCCCAGCUGGAUUUCCGACCUUUCGAAAGCAAGCACCGGAUGCAGGUGUUGAAAGACCAUGGUAUCCAGGACAAAGAUGUUGCUGCUGUCCGCCCGGCAACCCCUCUUCAAAACGGUAUGAUAUCACAGUUCCUUGAGAAGGAAGGGGCUGUUUAUAUGAAUUACCUCCGGUUGCAACUAGAGCCCGGUGUUGAUCUAGAGAGGUUGAGGGCAGCUUGGUGCUCCACCAUGAAACGCCACAGUAUACUGCGCACUGGUUUCGCUCAUGUCAAAGACUCACUUACUUCCUUCGCAAUGAUUGAAUAUACCCCAGAAUCUGCAAUUCCUCCAUGGAGCACAACACGGGAACAGGAGAGGGUCGAGGAGGCUGACAUGUGGUUGCAUGAAACGCGACUCCAAGCCUUUAAGCAGCUUCAUCUACCCCCUUGGGCACUGCGCGUCAUUCCAAGCGGAGACCACUUCUUUCUUGACUUGGCCAUUUUCCACGCUAUUUUUGAUGCGCAAAGUCUUCAAUACAUAUUCAGCGAAGUUGCAGCCUUUUAUAACAGCCAAGUCCUCCAGCCACCGAGUUCUCUGGAGGAAGUCGUUAGUCACAUCAUCCAGUACAACAAGCAGGACGACAAGAGUGGAGAUGCAUUCUGGACUGAGAUGGGGGAAACUGCGAAUCCAUCUCGCUUCCCCAAUCUGGCUCCUUUGAAAUACGAUCCAGAAGCUCCCUUAAUAUGUACUAGACGCUCUGCAAAGUCACUCCUUGACUUGGAAAACGGAUGUCGACAAGCCAAUACCACGAUGCCAGCCGCGGGCAUGGCGAGCUGGCUAGCGCUGCUGGCCUCCUAUACGGGAGAAAUCUCCGUGACGUGCGGAGUUGUCCUUUCUGGUCGAACAUCCGAGUCCACUGGCAGUGCUGUUUUCCCGUGCAUCAGUACUGUUCCAAUCGCACUUACAGUAACGGACGAAAAGGCGAAAAUGCUGGAAUCGGUCACAGCGCUCAACGCGAACAUCCAAGAACACCAGUUCAAACCACUCAAAGAGAUUCAGACACUGAUGGGCUUUCCGAACGAGCAGCUCUUUGACACCAUCUUCGCGUACCAGAAAGUAGCGAGCGGUGCAGACCCUUGCCAGCUGUGGACUGUCGUCGACGAGAAAGCUACCAUCGAGUAUUCAGUUUCCAUAGAAUUGGAGCCCAAAGAAGGACGGCUGGAGUAUCGGCUCACCUACUUGCCGCAUGUGAUUCCAAGAGAGCAUGCUUCUCUGAUUCUCGCGCAGUUGGACCACUUGAUGGACAGUUUUGUCUUUUGUUCCGAGACUUCCAAGACUGAGAUCCAAUACUCGCACCAUUUGUACUCUAUCACACCAGCCAAGGAGAAUGAGCUGCCGUCAGAUUCUAGGCUUCUCCAUGAGAUGGUUGAGAGGACAGCUUCAGAGUACCCAGAGCGCAUUGCCUUUGAAUUCGUUGCUAAAGAGAGCAAUGGAAACCGUUCAGUAAGGCGCUGGACAUACGCCCAAUUGGACAAUGAGGGAAACAGGAUUUCACAAUUACUCGCAGCCCACCAUGUUGAGCCAGGAAGCCUGGUAGGCGUUUGCUUCGAUAAAUGCCCAGAAGCUUCGUUCGCCAUGCUGGGUAUACUGAAAGCAGGAUGCGCCUUUGUUGCGAUCGAUCCCGGAGCACCUGCUGCCCGUCAGACAUUCAUUAUUGACGACUCCAGAGCGCAGGCUGUAUUAUCCAUGUCAGUACAGUCUGCAAACUUCAAAACGAGUGCCAAAGUACCGGUCUUGGAUCUUGAUGAGGUCGAAUGGUGCUCGCUUCCGAAUCAAAAGCUGUUAGACAAUAGCAAGAUCAGUCCCCAGGACCGUAGCUAUUGCCUGUAUACUUCGGGUACUACUGGCACUCCCAAGGGCUGCGAGUUGACGCAUGAAAACGCCGUCCAAGCGAUGCUGGCCUUCCAGCGUCUUUUUGCCGGACACUGGGAUGCAGAAUCUCGAUGGCUUCAAUUCGCCUCUUUUCACUUUGAUGUCUCAGUCCUUGAGCAGUACUGGAGCUGGUCCGUCGGCAUCUGUGUAGUUUCUGCACCUCGGGACCUCAUUUUCGAAGAUCUUGCAGGCUCCAUCCGCGAGCUCGAUAUCACCCAUAUCGACCUCACACCCAGCCUCGCGCAGAUUCUCCAUCCAGACGACGUCCCAAGUCUAUGCAAAGGUGUCUUCAUUACUGGCGGCGAGAGUCUAAAGCAAGAGAUUCUGGAUGUGUGGGGUCCCAAAGGCGUCAUCUAUAAUGGAUACGGGCCAACAGAAGCGACGAUAGGAUGCACCAUGUACCCACGUGUCCCCGCAAACGGGAAGCCCACGAAUAUCGGUCCUCAAUUCGAUAACGUGGGAUCAUUGGUUCUGCGUCCAGGCUCCGAUGUUCCUGUCUUGCGUGGUGGUAUCGGUGAACUCUGUGUCUCAGGAAAACUCGUCGGAAAAGGCUACCUCAAUCGUCCAGAGCUGACUGCAGAACGUUUCCCGUAUCUUGACCGUUUUGACGAGCGCGUAUAUCGAACGGGUGAUGUUGUGAGAAUUCUCCAUGAUGGUACAUUCCACUUUUUGGGUCGCGCCGAUGACCAGGUCAAGUUGCGUGGUCAGCGCUUGGAGGUGGGCGAGAUCAAUUCUGUCAUCAAGCACUCUGACCGCGCCAUAUCAGACGUAGCAACCCUUGUGUUGAAGCAUCCAAGACAACAGAAAGAGCAAUUGAUCGCAUUCAUCGUCCGUGGAAAGAUUCUGAAGGCUCAACCAGAAGUCUUGCUCGGCGACAUCCGCGGUAUAGCAGGCGCAAAAGAGGCUUGUAACGAAAAGCUCCCACCGUACAUGGUGCCGACUCACUUUGUUCCUCUCACUUCCAUGCCUCUGAAUGUCAACAACAAGGCAGAUAGCAGGAGACUGAAGCAAAUUUACGAAGCUCUUUCAGUCACUGACUUACAGAAGCUGUCAGCACCAUCUGGAUCCCGAGACGAAUCGUGGUCCACGCAAGAUGAGAAACUUCGAGGUGUCAUGAUGCAAGCCCUAGGUGUAAGCAAAGCGGCCAUCACUAAAGACUCAAGCUUCUAUGAGCUGGGCAUGGAUUCUAUCUCCGUUAUAGGCGUUACGCGAGCCUUGAAACAGGCUGGGUUCACGGAAGCCACUGCCUCUAUGGUCAUGCAAUGUCCCACAAUCAGGCGUCUGGCCAAGGCUCUCACAAACAACAGUGCCUCUGAAGACAGUCGUGGAUCAAUACUCGCCGCACAGCAAUCCGUGAAUGCCGUCAAUCAUCGUCAUCGACGAACAGUAGCGAGGUGUCUGUCUAUCGAAAACAGCGACAUUGAAGCUCUCGCACCUUGUACGCCUCUACAGCAAGGAAUGAUUGUAAGAUCACUGGAAAGUGAGAAGGGUCACUACUUCAAUACCUUUCAGUUCAGGUUGAACAGCGACAUUGAUGAGCAGAAGCUGCAGGAUGCAUGGGCAAAUGUGUAUGCCACGACCCAGAUCCUCCGUACAGUGUUUGUAAACACUGAAGAAGGCUAUGUGCAGGCUGUUCUUGGUGGCAUUCGCUCUUUGGAAAUCAUCCAAACCACUACCCAGGAUCAGGACCUCGCCAGCCACUUAGCCGAGCUUCGGCAAAACUGGAUUAGCCCCAACGGUGUCGAGUUCCGGUGUCCAUUCGAGCUCCAUCUUGUUACAACACAGAAACAGAAGCUACUAGUCAUGCAUGUCUUCCAUGGCUUGUACGACGGCAACAGCAUUGGUCUCCUUCUGCAGGCUGUCUGGGACGCAUACAAUGGAAGGAAAUCAGUGUUGGACUCGCCUUCCUUUCACGCAGCUCUUGUCCGUGGUCCACUGAGAACGGUCAAUGGUGCAAAAGAAUUCUGGCAGAGUCGAAUAUAUGCAAGUACUUCACCUCUCCCUGGGCUGUUCGACAACUCUGUCCAGGAAGAUGUUAUCGUCACGCGGACAACUCAGGCAUCGGCCAAUUUCGACAGCAUCAGACGCCAACUCAACGUCACAGCGCAAGCUAUAGUACAAGCUUGCUGGCUCAGUGUGCUUGAUGAUUAUGCCAAAGGAAAUGUGGCAACCGGCAUAGUCGUGUCUGGACGCAGCAUUGACCUUGAGGGUGCAGACCAUGUACUAGGACCUAUGUUCAAUACUAUUCCGUGCCACCAUCGGGCUGAACGCAGCGAGCCUUGGUCAUCAAUCAUCAAGAGGGUACAUGAGUUCAAUGUCGAGGCUCUCCCGUAUCAACAUACGCCUCUCAGGGAUAUCAUGAAGUGGUGCAAGAGAUUACCGAAUCAGCCCCUCUUUGAUAAUCUUUUCGUAUACCAGGUCGCACAAGAUAACGAGGAGUGGGCGAGAAACGAUGUUUGGGAGAUCUUGGAUGGGGAAGCCGUCGCUGAUUACCCCCUCGCCUUCGAGGUUGAACAUCGGGACGGAAAUGUAUUGAAACUUACACUGGCUGCCCAAGCGCAUGUUACGAAUGCACGUAUUGCAGCAGAACUUCUAGACCGGUUUGAAGAACUGCUGGAUCGAGCUCUCCGUGACCCAUCGGCUGUGCUCGAGCUGCCAGUUAACCUGGAUGAAGGAGCUGAGAGCAUCACCCCUGUCAAGUCUAGUAACCACACGAACGGUACAUCGAACUUUGUGUGGAGUGACAACGCCAUCGCGAUCAGGGAAGAGAUUGCCAGUCUGAACGCGAACGAGACUGAAAGCAUUAACGAAACGACAUCCAUCUUUGAGAUUGGCCUUGACAGCAUCGAUGCAGUCAAGCUCUCCUCAAAGCUCAAGAAGCGGGGAGUGCAGCUUUCAGUCAGCGGCAUCAUGCGUGGAUUGACCAUUGAAAAGAUGGUGCAGAACAUAGCCAUGUACAGUGGUCAAGCUGAAGAAUCUUCCUCGCGGGCUGACUUUGAUGCUUACAAAAAGAAGCUGGCAGGAUACUUGAGCGAUGCGGCUCUCGACACCAACGAUGUCGAGAAAGUGCUUCCUCUGACGCCGUUGCAGGAAGCUAUGGUCGCGGAGAUGAUUACAUCAAAGUACACGAGAUACUACAACUACGACGUGCUGAAGCUUGACUCGAAAACAGACGCCAGCAAGCUAGAAGAUGCUUGGACAACAGUUGUCGAGGCCUCGCCUAUUCUGCGCACUGGCUUCGCUGAAGUAGAGGAUCCAGAAAUUGAGGCCUCUUUUGUACAGGUCAUACAGCGUAAACCACAUGACUUCUGGUCGCAUAUCAAGUCUAGCAGCGCACCUAACUUCAACGCGCUCUUUGAGAGUCUCCGGAAAGAUGCAAUCCGGCGACCGCUUUCGACGCCGCCCUUCUGUCUUAGGCUUAUCGAAACCCCCGACCAAUGCUAUGUUGUAUUAGCAAUCGCGCAUGCCUUGUACGAUGGAUGGUCUCUCGGGUUGCUCCACUCUGAUGUUCAUCGAGCCUACCGCGAUGAAUUUGAAGCUCGACCAUGGUAUGAGCCGUCAUUGGUAAACAUAAUCCAAGCUUCCGGAUCUCAUGCUGCAGGUUUCUGGCAAGACUACCUCUCUGGGGCUCACACCAGCACGUUUCCACGCAGACUCGAAUCUGACGAGAAAGGCGUCGUCCAUCGCUUUCAAGAAGACAGCCAGGUAGCACUGGUCGACCUCCAAACCUUUGCAAGAAAGAACAACAUCUCACUGCAGACAAUUGGCCAAACAGUUUUUGCUCUGGUAACAGCUUCUUUCACUCGCUCUCUCGACGUUACGUUCGGUUCAGUGCUUUCAGGACGCGACAACGAAGAAACAGCGCAGCUCAUGUUUCCGACUAUGAACACGGUGGCUAUACGCACAAUUCUCCAUGGAACAAGCGUUGAGAUGCUACGAUAUGUGCAGGAUAACUUUGCAAAUAUCAAGCAAUCGCAACACUAUCCCCUUCGGAAAGCCCUUUCGCAGGCGGGAGUUGAUGGGAGAUUGAUCGACAGCCUGUUUAUCUAUCAAAAGAGCUUGGAACGGGGGGCAGAUCAAGGGGAGAGGCUUUAUACCAGUGUCGAGGGCCACAGCGAUGUCGAAUACCCGGUGUGCGUUGAAAUGGAGGUAAUGGACAAUAUGCUGGUGUGGCGUUGCGCGGUCAAAGAGGAGGUUUUCGAUUCUGAAGGAACACAGCAGUUGCUGAAGCGGAUGGACGAUGUGUUGCAGUACUUGAUGAGCCGACCGGAAGCGCCAGUUAUCGAAAUCACCUCGCAAGGCACAUCAGUAUGCGGUUUGCCAGCUUUUGAAGAAGCUGGAACCCGGAAAUCACAGCGUGCCAUGGAGUCUGGUGGAAAGUCAGGCACAAAUGGCUUGAAUACAGCAACGGCCAGCAAGAUGCGCAAGGUACUGGCUGCAGUUUCAAAGACACCAGAGGAUGAGAUCACGAGCGAUAUGACCAUCUUCCACAUGGGAUUGGACUCCAUCAGCGCGAUCAAAGUGUCGUCUCUUCUGCGCAAACAAGACAUUAUCCUGAGCGUUGGUGAGAUGUUACAGGCCGGCUCAGUCGAGAAGAUGGCUGAGCUUGUGGACGCCAAUACUGCUACGCUUCCGGAGCACAGCGAGGACUACCGACUUUUUCUCGAUCAAUCAACGCAAGGUCUGGAUAGAUUGGAUAUACUAAAGCGAGCUGGAGUAGAUGAUUCCAAUGUGGUCGAGAUUCUGCCAGCCACUGCCGGUCAGCUUUACAUGCUGUCGAUGUGGCUCAACACCAAAGGCGGCAACUUUUACCCAGAUUUCACAUACCAGAUGAAAGGAGAGAUAUCGUUUGACAAUCUGCAAAAGUCCUGGCAGGCGGUGGUGACUGCAAACCCGAUCCUCAGGACAUGUUUUGCGUCGGCUGGCAAUCACCAGGUAUCGUACGUUCAGAUUGUGCUGAGAGAUGUGGAUACCGGAAUCACGGACAUGACUGGAUGCGGAGAAGACGAGAUCCGUACUCUGAUGCAACGUGCUGCGGCUCAACAACCAUGGGUGAAGUUGUUCGUCUCGCAGGAAUCGGACGGCUGGACGUUGAGGCUCAAGAUCCACCAUGCAUUAUAUGACGGAGUCAGCUUGCCGUUGCUCGUACAACAACUCGAGGAUCUUUGCAACGGCGCUGCAUCACAGCCAUCAAAUGACAUACUAGGCAGGUUCCUAGCCAGCGGCUACUCGAUAUCAGCACUCGAAAAGCGCAAGGAAUUCUGGACGCAGUAUCUAAGCAGCCCGGCAACCCCAUUACCGCAGCCCCGGGAAGCGCCAACCACACGAACCGAAGUCUUCAAGCCGUCGAUAGUCCCAACGUCGAACCUCGAGGCCACAGCCCGCAAACACGGCGUAUCAACACAAGCCCUGUUUCUCGCCGUGUACGCAAAACACCACGCACGCCUUCACGCUGGCGACACAAAUGACACCGUCAUCCUGGGCAUCUACCUAGCGAACCGCUCGCUCGCCAUCGACGCCAUCUCGUCGGCGCCAAUCCCAACUCUCAAUCUCCUCCCGAUCCGCAUCACAAGCCCGCUAUCACGCCCCAUACCCGCUGUGGCAGCGCAAAUCCAGCACGACCUUCGGCGCCUCAGCGACGCGGCCAUUGCUAGCACAAGCCUCGCUGAAAUCAGCACGUGGACAGGCAUCCAGCCCGAUGCUUUUGUCAAUUUCCUGUCGUUGCCCGAUGCGGUGGCGCCAUCUGUCUCGCAGGGACAACCACAACAUGAAUCCGCGUCUGUAAGAAUCCACGCGACGCAGCAAUGGCAAGACAGCGUUAGCACGACGUGUGCAGUGCAGCACUUACCUCAAGAUUCCGAUGAUAUCCUGGCGGAAAUGAGGAAUGAGGCGGCUAAUCAUAUGUACUUGCACGCAAUAGACGUGGAAGCUACAGUUCGACAUGGGAAAUUAGACAUUGGUGUUUUUGCUCCGGGGGAGAUGCUAGGGUUGGAGCGAGCGGAGCAUCUGGUCGAGGGGCUUGUGCGAGAUUGUAAGCAUGUUUGA